UUGUGUAUUGCAGCCGGCGUUAUUUGCCGAGAGACUCCCGCGGUGUAAGAUGUCGGUAAAAGUGGAGAAGGCCACGGAGCCACUGCUGCUGGGCGAGGGUCCGCAUUGGGACGAGCAUCACCAGGCGCUGUUCUUCGUCAACAUACAGGAACACACCAUCCACAAGUAUGUGCCCGCCACUGGAGCGCACACCAAGACUAAAGUUGGCGGUCGCGUCGGCUUCAUAGUACCGGUAGAGGGCACCACUGAUCAGUUCCUGGUGGGGGUAGACCGCAAGUUCCAAGUAAUCAGGUGGGAUGGGGCUGAUGGAAGCCCAGCAACUGUUUUCAAAGAGCUUGUAGAGGUGGACAGUGACUUACCCACAAACAGAAUCAACGAUGGCAAAGCUGAUCCCAAGGGAAGAGUGUUUGCAGGAACAAUGGGCCACGAAGAUCCUCCAGGCAACUUCACCAUGAACAGAGGCAACCUGUUCCGAUUAGAAGGAGGCAAGGUGACCAAGGUAGUCAGCCAGAACAAGAUAGAAGGGUUUCCUGAUGGCACAACCAUCGAUACUGACGGUAACUUGUGGGUGGCUGUCUUUGACGGCUCCUGCGUCCUCAAAAUUAAUCCCAGAAGUGGAGAGCUGCUACAGAAGGUCUCGAUCCCAGCGUUGCAAGUGACCUCGGCGAGAUGGAGUGUCAGACUCAUAAUGACUAAAAACCACCCGGUGCUUGACUCACAACCGCCGCUGAAUUUAUUCUGCCAUGUUGAGUCCCAUCUUUGCUGGUGUAUUGGCUCUUUGAAGCGCGCUACUUGUCGUACCGCAAAGCAACCUGUUUUUACGGUGGACAGAGGUCGUCACGCGGUCCCCGACGCCCGGACUGUCUCCUAG